AUGAAAGCUGCACAGGAUCGUCAAAAGAGUUAUAGUGAUAAAAGGAGAAGACCUUUGGAAUUUGAGGCAGGAGAUCACGUGUUCAUUAGGGUAACUCCUAGAGCGGGAAUUGCACGAGCAAUCAAAACUAGGAAGUUAACACCAAGGUUUAUCGGGCCUUUUCAAAUUCUACGACGGAUUGGACCUGUAGCAUACCACAUUGCUUUUCCGCCAAACCUGUCUAAUCUUCAUGACGUAUUCCAUGUAUCACAACUAAGGAAGUAUUAUCCCGACCCUUCACAUGUCAUUGAGCCUGAAAAUGUGGAACUUAGAGAUAACCUAGAAUAUGAGGCUUUACCUGUCAAAAUUUUAGAUCAUCGAAUUAAGGAACUUCGUGGAAAGCAGAUACCAUUGGUUAGAGUUGUGUGGGAUGAUGUAACUGGUGAUUCUACCUGGGAAAGAGAAGAGGACAUGCGUCAAAAGUAUCCACAUAUGUUUUAG